UACGAGCACGGCGAGCACUGCUGGAACGGGCCGAGCCAGUCCCUCGCCGUGACCCUCGUCUGCGGCGCCGAGACGGGCAUCCUGGACGUCGACGAGCCGUCGACGUGCGUCUACGCGGCGACGGUCGAGACGCCCGCGGUCUGCGUCGAC